GAGAAAAAAAAGGUCACAAAAGUAAAUCAUGAAAGAUUUGACAAAACCUGAUUUCCGGUUGAAUCAAUCACAACGGAGUCCAUCGCAUUGCGUUUGUGUCAUUCGCUGUUUUCAUGCUUCACGCAGCUUCGCACUCUCUCAAUCCAGAGACAAGGACAGAUAGUGCAGACCUCGUCAUCCCCACCGUCUAUUUCGUUGACUCAAACCCCACAAAGUCAAAUCUCCACCCCCAUUGAACUAUCAUUACCAUCAUCACCAACGUUCGCAUAAGCCCCAAACCACAGGAUCCCGCCUUCUGAUUAGGAAGCCAUUGAAGACCGACAAAGAAGAGGUUAACGAAACAGAGCAACCCAGAAGCAGACCACACUGCGAGGUCUUUUCUUUGAGAACCAGCGUUGAAAUUGAAAGCCCUAGUAGUGUCAUGAUCACAUGCUCCCGGGCCUACCAUAAGCAACACCAUGAUCAACAGCUCCAACGGCAUGAUGUCAACGUCGUCUUCAUCCGCCACCGCACAAUCACCGGCCCUAAAGACCUAUUUCAAAACCCCAGAAGGCCGCUACAAGCUCCACUACGAAAAGACCCAUCCCUCGGGUCUCCUUCAUUACGCCCAUGGCAAGACCGCCACUCAGGUAACCCUUGCUCAUCUAAAGGACAAGCCAGCCCCAUCAACCCCAACAGCGCAGCCUUCAAGCUUCAGUGCUAGCAGUGGGGUACGAUCAGCGGCAGCGAGGUUGUUGGGUGCAAGUAAUGGGAGCCGGGCUCUUAGCUUUGUCGGAGGAAAUGGUGGGAGUAAGAGUACUAGUGGGAAUGGUAGAGUUGGGUCAUUGGGGUCAUCAAGUUCGAGUAAUUCAAUGGCUACUACAAACUUUGAUGGGAAGGGGACUUACUUGGUCUUCAAUGUGGGGGAUGCUAUCUUUAUAAGUGAUUUGAAUUCUCAAGACAAGGAUCCAAUAAAGUCUAUCCAUUUCAGUAAUUCGAAUCCCGUGUGCCACUCAUUCGACCACGAUGCUAGGGAUGGGCAUGAUUUGCUUAUUGGGUUAAAUUCUGGCGAUGUGUACUCUGUGUCACUGAGACAGCAAUUACAGGAUGUAGGAAAGAAGCUUGUUGGGGCCCAGCAUUAUAACAAAGAUGGUUCUGUUAAUAACAGUCGUUGUACUAGUAUUUCAUGGGUGCCUGGAGGUGAUGGUGCUUUUGUUGUUGCUCAUACCGAUGGAAAUUUGUAUGUGUAUGAAAAGAGCAAAGAUGGUGCAGGUGAUUCUUCAUUCCCUGUUGUUAAAGAUCCGAUGCACUUUUCUGUUGCGCAUGCACGUUACAGUAAGAGUAACCCAGUUGCCAGAUGGCAUAUAUGCCAAGGUUCAAUUAAUAGCAUUGCUUUCUCAACUGAUGGUGCCUAUCUAGCGACUGUGGGAAGAGAUGGUUAUCUACGAGUUUUUGACUACUCUAAAGAACACCUCAUAUGUGGUGGCAAAAGUUAUUAUGGUGCUCUAUUAUGUUGUGCUUGGAGCAUGGAUGGAAAAUACAUUCUGACGGGAGGUGAAGAUGAUUUAGUUCAAGUUUGGAGCAUGGAAGAUCGGAAAGUUGUAGCAUGGGGUGAGGGGCAUAAUUCAUGGGUCAGUGGAGUGGCUUUUGAUUCAUAUUGGUCAUCGCCAAAUUCAGAAGGCACAGGGGAAACUGUCAUGUACCGGUUUGGUUCUGUUGGUCAGGACACACAAUUGCUUCUGUGGGAUCUGGAAAUGGAUGAGAUUGUAGUGCCAUUGCGGCGCCCUCCUGGUGGGUCCCCCAAAUACAGUACUGGAAGCCAGUCAUCCCAUUGGGACAAUGCUUCCACAGUGGCCACUCUGCAACCUGCUCCAAGCAUGCGAGAUGUUCCAAAGAUCUCCCCACUUGUGACUCAUCGCGUUCACACCGAACCCCUCUCUGGCGUGAUAUUUACGCAGGACUCUGUUCUUACCGUGUGCCGAGAGGGGCACAUAAAGAUCUGGAUGAGACCAGGGGUGGCAGAAAGCCAGUCAACAAACAACACAGAAACUGUCUUAAGUUCCAGCUUGAAGGAGAAACCUUUAUUCUCAAGCAGGGUUGGCAGUUCUAGUUACAAGCAAUAACCAAAUUGUCAUCAGAAAGAAAAACUAAGCUAUUUUUCAUAUAGCCAAUGUCUUUUCAUCCAGUUGGUUUUAUUAGGUAAACAAUACGUGAUUGGAGUGAGAAUAGCCAACUGGUUCAAAUGUAUAUUCAGGUAUAAAACAUACCGCUGACGGCAGAAAAGAGUCGGGAGGGAGACGAGCCCCCGUGUAAGUACGAAACGGCUGUUAGUAAGGUACAUUUAAUGAUUGACAGGAAUAACGUGAAGUUGCUCCUUUGAGACGUGUUUUUCUCAGCAGUGAUUUCAAGUUAUUUAUUCUAUUCGUAGUACAUUGUCACAAGAACGUAUUGACAUGGUGAAAUUCUUCAGUCACAUUCAUUGUGUA